AUGGACGAACACCUUUUUCCUGCCCUCGCAAACAAUAAAGCACUACAAGAUACCCUACCCCGAUGCAAUGGAUGCGAUGGUAUUAUUUUUGAUAGAUUUAUAUUGAAAUUAGGUCACGAUAAUGAUAGGCACACUUGUUGGCAUUCAGGGUGUUUAGUCUGCUGUGAGUGUCACACAACGCUGACUGUUAAGUGUUAUAUGCGAAACGGACAGCCCUAUUGCAAGGAUGACUUCUAUAAGCGAUUCGCAAAAACUAAAUGUGCAAAUUGUGAACUGGGAAUAGCGCCGACGGCAAUAGUGAGGAGAGCUCAGGACAAUGUCUAUCACAUGCAUUGUUUCAAUUGUAUUCUUUGUAAAAGAGCUUUAAAUACCGGCGAUGAGUUUUAUCUAAUGGAGGACAACAAAUUGGUUUGUAAGACGGAUUAUGAAUCGGCUAAACAAAGAGAGUCCUCAUCAAAGAGACCGCGAACCACCAUAACUGCCAAACAACUCGAGACACUUAAGAUAGCGUACAAUAACUCUCCAAAACCCGCCCGACAUGUGAGGGAACAGCUCAGUCAUGACACGGGUCUUGAUAUGAGAGUCGUUCAGGUAUGGUUUCAGAAUAGAAGGGCUAAAGAGAAAAGACUGAAAAAGGACGCACACGGAGGACAUGUAUCCAAAAGUCAUCACUUGAGCGCACACAGUGGUAGCAGUGCCGCUAAUAAUCGUUGGCACAGUGCUAACAGUAAUAGUCUAUCAGUAGAUGCGAUGCCACCGAGCAAUGCCUCAUCAGCACUACUGGCCAACGAAACGUCGACAUCCUGUUCCUCGUGGUUUGACGACACCAUCAUUGAUGAUGAAGAUGACAGUGAAGACGAGUCAGUUAUCACUCAACCAUAUUAA